AUGAAAGAGCUACUUGACACGGACCGGGUCAAUUUCCUGGUCUGGAGGUAUUUGCUUGAGUCAAAUUAUCGAGAGACUGCCGCCAAGCUGCAAAAGGAGUGGAGGGUCCACCAGCCUCACAGGCAGUUUGACUUCGCGCCCCAUGUCAACACGUAUGCGCUGGUGUCGCUUUUGAAUAAAGGCCUCAUCUACGAGGAGCACCAGAGACAGUUCGCUGCUGCGCAAAGGGCGCUCCGCGAUGUGCCGGCAACGGCCGAGGCGGCGCCGCGGGGCGUGUUUGGCCCGCUGAAAUUCCAGCCCGAGGUUGAUGAGGACGGGGAAGACGAUGAGGAGUCGGAACCGGAACCGGAACCAGAGCCCGAGGAGGCAGGGAACCCUCUGAAGCGCACGGUCGAACGGCAGCAUCACCGCGAAUUGUCGCGUGGGUCCCCCGCAAAGCGACAGCGGCUCAACAACGGCUACGAGAAUGGGGCCGAUUCCGCCACCACGCCAAUGGAAAUUGACCACCACCCGGGCAACAAUCAUGCCUACCCGUCACCAUUAGAAGGCGAACAGGGCGAAUCACCGCUGCUGCGCACCGAGGGCCCGUCGCGCGGCACGCAGGUCGAGAAGGUGCGCGAUCUGACCCAGACGACUGUGUUCCUACGCUUGGGCGCGGACGACUCGCCGGAGGCGAGCGAAAACCCUCUCGUGCUGCACUGCGAGUGGAACCCGCGGGACCCAUCGAUCUUGGCGAGCGCCGGGACAGAUGCGCUAGCCCGCAUUUGGACGCUGCCUUGUGGGGCCGCCGCGGACGCGGAGCCCGGUCACGUGGACUCCGGCAGCCGCUCGUUCAUGAGCAUCGUCGACGAGGACCUGCCCAAGACAGCGAUGGUCUCGGCCAUGGCGUGGAGUUCGAGCGGCGAUCUCAUUGCUCUCGGCACCGAUCUCGGAAACAAGUCGCGCGUGAGCAUCUGGUCUGUUGACGGAACUAGCAUGCAGCGCUUCGACGGCCUCGACUCGCCCAUCACCAACCUCUGCUGGAGCCCAAACAGCAACUUCCUCCUCGCCAUCUGCCCGGAUGUGAGCAACGGGCUAGAUAGUACCGGCACCUUGCUUCACAUUGCGUCUCCGUCCAUGGUAAACUCCAUGUCGCACGUCCUCAACCAUGAUCUCCGCGCCGACAGCCUUGAUGCGACUUGGAUCAGCGAGACCGAGUUUCUCCUUUGUGGCGGUGACCUGUUGGUCUCCUUCCGAUGCACAGAGCAGGGCAUUGUGCUGGCCAGGGAGUUUCAGACAGGCAAAGACGAGCGCUUCACCCUGGUCGAGUUCGAUUGGCGGUCGAAGCUGGUUGCGACUGCCAGCGACAAAGGCUACAUCGAUAUCUGGGACGAGUCCGGCAAGCGUCGCUCGAUCCCUGCUCACGACGGCGCCAUCACCAGUCUCCGAUGGCAGCCGCUGCAGGCGGAUCCCACCGAAGAUGAGAGAUUACUGGUAUCUGGGGGUGAAGACGGCGCCAUCCUAGUCUGGAACGUGCGCAGCGCCGAGAACAAGCCGAAAUAUUCCAUCACCUUGCCACCCCCGCUUGCCGUCAACAAUCUCUCGAUGACUCCCGACGGAGCACUCGUCGCCGUUGCGACGCACGACAGGAUCUUGGUUUGGAAGCUCGGCGAGCACACGAUGCCCAAAGCCAACUGGAUCCCGCAGCCAGGCUGGCAGAGCCCUAACUCUGGCACCGACACGGAAGACGUUAUACCUUGCUUGGGCUGGGAUGCCGAGGGUCAGCGGCUGGUUUACGGCUUGGAGAAUAGGCUUGCCGUCAUCAGUCUCCGGUAGCACAAGGGUUUAUACGAAGGAUGCCAAUAGAAUCGGGCGCACAGCGGCCUUCCUUGAGAUUGGGAACCAGCCCUGUCUGCGGCGAACUGGGGCAACGCCUUCAGAAUUGCUUGCUCAAGCUGGGAAUGUCCGACCGGUUCCUGAUCGAGUGCUGGAGCUGCUGGCGAGACUUAGCGCGCACUCAAGAGAGACAUGUGGGCUGUCGCCACAUGGUCUACGGGUUCGCCUUUCGGUCGGCGUAUUUCGCCGUCAUUCGAGGCCCAACUCAACGCUAGUUGUCCGAUCGCUUUUCUCGACAGCCUCGGCAGCGAAAUAUGGCGGCAUGCGCCCGUCCGUAUCCGUCGACCUAGAUAGGCCUAAGGGCUCUGCAAGGUCGACUGAGACUCACAGUCUCGGCUGCGGUGUUCGGCUGCGGAAGUGUCUGGAACCCGCCGCCGUGGACGGAAUUCCGCCUUCGAUAUGGGGUACACUUCAGCUCUGCGACACCGGCAGAUGACAGGGCUAGGUGCUGCAUUCAAAUCCCUUCAGCACGCACGUACAUUUGC